AUGUACCAACGAGAGGACAAAAGUGCGAACGCCGACGCUAGGAGAGGCGGCGUCGGGAUUCGAGAGGUCGACAAACGAGACAGGCCGAUGUGUCAGGCCGACAUCCACAACCUCUAUGACGGUAAGGCAUGUCGCCACACCGGAUUGGCCCUCAUACAGCCUAAACAGAGGUCGAGACACGAGACCAGGCGUGCGCCAUCCGGUCGCGUUCGCUCGUUCGCAUGGAGGGAAUUCGAGGAUGAGGCUAGCGCGUCGCACGCCAUGAGGAAGGCUGUGGUGAUGGUAAGCUCUACUGGCGUAUACAGCGGAAGUGUGGGGUGCCACGGGCCGGGCGGUCGUCUCGAUGAUAGCAAAGGCACGCGGGCCGGGUCCUACAACGAGGAUAGUGCGUGGAUGGGGAAGGCGAUGGUCUCGGACGCCAAUCUCGACACCGUUGCAGCAAGGCUUCGUGUCUCCGCUUCAGCCGGAGGCUACGGCGUGCUGAUCGUACAGGCCAGUGAUGUCAUGUCUCUGUCUUUGAGAGACACCACGACAGCACGACUAGUACCGCUCAAGGUGUUUGCGUCAGAGGUGUGGAUUUUCGAGUCGUGGCAAGGAAGGUACAAAUUCGAUGAGUCACCCGAUGAGAGGGCAUGGGUGCAGCGAGAAACGCACAUGCACGAAGUCCUGCACGCCACCUUGAGCGAGGCGGGUGUCUCAGCAUUAUCCCGCGUAGGCAGCCACACGUUUGUUGAUUUCCUACGAAAGCCGUGGACACCGGCGGUUGCGCGAAGCACAGGGCCCGUCCCGCCGAUAGCCGAGCUCCGGUUCCUCCUGACCUGCGUGUGGCAGGAAGCCACUGCACAUCUGUGCAAUGGGAUAUAUGGAGUCCAGAUAGAGCUGUGAAAAGCGGAUCGCGCCCAGAACUGGGUAGCCAUACCUCCCGUCUUGG